AUGGUGCCUGCCGCUCCUAAUCCGGAGCAGCAGCUGGAGAGAGAUGUCACGGCUCAUCAAGAUUCCGAGGAGGAGGAGAAGACGGCGGCCAAGAUCAAGAAGUUAUUAAGCAAGCUGAAGCCGCUUCGUGCCAGGAUCUCUCAGCUGCUGGGGCCUGCUGGCCCUCAUCGCGUCGUCACUGGUGACCGUGGACGGCGCUGCUUGGUAUUGAUGGAGACGGAGCUGAGCAUCAUUGCGGCGCUCUUGACGACAUUGAGUCCGCAGCACUUUGACGAUGCCGAGACGAAGAAAUGGCUGGGUGAAUCUUUGUUCGCUGUUCCCCGUUUAGCCGACCGCGUCCUCGGUGAAGUUGAUCCCUCUCUCCACACGCUGCUGCGAAGAGCUUCACAGUGCUUCCAUCGUAGGAAGUCAUUCUCAUAUUCACAUUAUAUCUUUACGGUACGGCGGCUUUACUAUAUCAUCCAACAUCCCUCCAGCUCCAGGUAUAGGCAUCUUCUCCUCCCUAGCUCUGACCUUGGGCUUAUUACACCCCAACUGGCCGAGGCGGAUGCCCUCCUCCCUCUUGUCGGCAUUGAUCGCCCGGCAAAGAAGAUUUUGGGGUGGCUCGCACACCAGGGGAAGAUGGACAUGAACCUGAGAGUCAUGUGUAUCGUUGGACCUGUGGGGAUAGGCAAGACAACUCUUGCCGUGGAGCUCCGCAACCGACUCAGGCAGCAGCAUGAAACUAGUGGAGGGCGCUACAAUUUCCAAUGCAACGUUAUGGCACAAGUGCCACGGGGAACUGAUAGAAACAUUCGUCUUGUUCAAGAUAUCCUCUCCCAAGUCUCAGAACCAGCAGCAACAGCAUUGUCAUCUGACCCGUCACAAGCCAAGACAAUGAAGGUCCUAGUCCGCCUCAUUUCAGAAUGCUUGCGAGAUAAAAGGUACUUCGUCAUUAUCGAUGAUAUAUGGGAAGCAUCAGACUGGGAAGAAAUCAAGGUUGCAUUUCCUAAUAAUAAUCAUGGUAGCCGAAUAUUGAUUACAACACGCAGUACAAGUACAGCAUGGGCAUGUUGCUCCGAUUCCUAUGAUGGCCUUGAUGUGCAUGAGAUGAAGCCUCUAAGCGAAAUGGACUCAGAAAGGCUGCUUCUAGCAAAAGCCGUUGGUUCAGUAGAUGGUUGCCUGCCAAACAAUAUGAAGCUACAUUGUGAUGAAAUAUUGAGGAGAUGUGAAGGUAUACCGUUGUUUAUAAUUGGUAUGGCAGACUGGCUGAAGGACCAAUACAGUGAUGAGGAUGAGGACCAAUACAGUGAUGAGGACGAGGAGCAUCAAAGAUUUGCAAUUUAUUGCAAGGAACGAGUCCCCCGGCUGACAGAACAAGCACUAUCCUCCGCUUUUAAUGACUUCCCUAAUGAUUACUUGAGGUUACUAUUAAUUUACAUGAGCAUGUUUCCUUAUGGGUACAAGUUUGAAAAGGAUCGUCUCAUCUUGAAAUGGAUAGAUGAAGGCUUCUUUAUCCUUACUGAUUAUGAUGAUUAUGGUCGUUACUCCGACGACAUAUAUUUUAGUAAUGUUAGAAACUUAGAAGCAGAGAGGUUGUUCUCCGAGCUAGUGGAUAGUAAUGUCAUCACCUGUGUAGCAUCAAACCGCAAACACAAGCAAGAUGAAGCCGAGGCCUGCCAGUGGCAAAUCAAUCAUUUUAUGCACCAAUUCCUGGCCUCCAAAUCUGCAGAGAUGGGUUUCGUUUUCACCACCACUACGCUCAACUUACUGGCAGAAUCAGCAGCAGCAACAACAACAGAGUGUGGCAACCAAACUAGCAGCAGGAUGCCACGGAGAAGCAAAAUGAUCUUUUUGAGGUAUUUGAGUGUCAGGAAUACUCGAGUCAGCAAGCUCCCACACGAGAUCAAGGAGCUGUGGGCUUUGCACACAUUGGAUAUAAGUUACACGCAGAUAAGUGAGCUCCCACUCGAAUUAUUCCAGCUAAGAGAUCUGUGGUACCUGGACCUAAGAGGCACACGCUUCCUCAGGGCUCUCGGUGAUCUACACAACCUGGAGGUGCUUGCAGUUACAUGGUCCUUUCACCAGUCCACUGACAGAGACUACUGUGAAGCGUUGCUGUCAUCCAUCGUAAAGUUGGAAUGGCUCAAGUCCCUGACCAUUCACUGUGGACUCGGCUGCUCCAUGGAGUUCCUGGGCUCCCUUGAAGAGUGGCGUGCGCCUCUGAGGCUUGAGAAGUUCAAGUGCCUAAUACUAGGCUUGGACUUCAUUCCAGGACAUGCCAUAGUGAUUGGAAAUGAAGGAUUCCGCAAGCUCCAGAGGUUCUCCCUUGACUCCGUAUUGCCAAGGCUCACUUUUCAAACAGGGGCCAUGCCACGGCUCAAACACCUUCGACUCAAGUUCUCCUCGGGCCCCGCAAGUGAAGAGCGUGUUCCGUCCGGUAUCAGCAACCUCCAAAUGAUCAGCGAAGUGGUCCUCAGCUACAGCGAGUGGUGCGUUAACAGCACCAGUGUAAAGAUGACAGUGAAGGCGGUGAAGGAACAAGUUGCCAAGCAUCGCAACCCGAUCAAUCUCUUCAUCAAUGGCGUCGAAGAUGAUGUUGUUCAGGAAGUCGAUGAGGAGGCAGAGAAUGCAACGGGAACUUCUUGGAGCGGAACAGAUGCUGGACCCGGAAGAGACGAUGCUCAAGCAGUCCAUGAGGAGGCUAAAGGAGUGGUUGAAAUUGAGAUUACUGAAGCUGAAAGUUGA